AAUCCCAACAAUAUUUGACUUUAACUCAAGUUCGCAUGAUGCAUAAAUUAUUAUUGCGAAGAGUUUGAGUACGAAAUUUUAUGAAUCUUCAAUCUCCAUUCAGCCAUUCUCCAAACUCCAAAAUACGAGUAAUUUAAAUUAAAAUCAAAAAUAAUCUCUUCUCCAUUUUCAACGCAACCUACAGAAUAAAAUCGCCAUUACAUCUUCGUCGCAUCCUCAGCGUCACUAGGCUAUAUUUUAAAACGCAGUAACGUUAUCAAUUCUUUCGAAAUGAAAAGUUCAGCGAAGUUUGAUCAGUUGUUGUAAAAUGAAGUGGGUAAGGGGAUGUGAGUUGUGUUUUUCGAGCUUCAUUAGUUAAUUAAAUACUUGAAAUGAUGUAAUUUAAUGUAAUUUUUGUUCCUUUUUUAAAAACAAAGUCUAUAGAAUUGUAGCAUCGCUGAAAUUUGUAUAUUACUUUCAAUUUAUUAGCGUCCUUGAUUCAUAUCUUCGAUCAUUUUUUUCGCGAUCUUUGUGUAAUCGAAUUGUGACAUUACGAUGCAUUUUUUUUGAUCCCAUCAUUUAUUUUUAUUUUUGUAUUUGAUAGUUUCGACAUUUCGUUAAAUUAACGUGCAUUUAACAUAGAAUUAAACUUCACCGAGACACGAGAUAGUUGCGUAACUUGUCCUGUUACCAGUGUUAUCUUAAAAUUACUAUCUACGAUGAGGAUUCAAAAGUCGGACAUUUGAUUUCGCCAGUGGAAAUCCCUACAAAGUGGUGGUAUGCUGGGUAAACUGAAAUGGGAGCAACCAUGGGGAAAAAUUCGUCGUUAUUAGACGCGCUGCCCACUGGCCAAGGCACUCUUCACAUAGUCAUGCUCGGGCUGGACAGCGCCGGCAAGACGACCGCUCUUUACAGACUGAAAUUCGACCAAUACUUGAACACAGUGCCUACGAUAGGUUUCAAUUGCGAAAAAAUCAAGGGUACCAUUGGUCGUUCGAAAGGUAUAAAUUUUCUAAUGUGGGAUGUCGGCGGCCAAGAGAAACUGCGACCGCUUUGGAAGAGCUACACGAGGUGUACAGAUGGUAUCGUGUUCGUAGUCGAUAGUGUAGAUAUGGAGCGUAUGGAGGAAGCUAAAAUGGAGCUUCUGAAAACCGCGAAAUCGCCGGAUAACGCCGGUGUUCCUAUUCUAGUCUUAGCUAAUAAACAAGAUUUACCGGGCGCCAAAGAUUCAAAGGAGUUAGAAAAAUUAUUAGGAUUACACGAGAUCACCGGCAAUGGCAGCAAUAGCCAUUUAUGGCAUAUUCAAGCAGCUUGCGCCAUCACCGGAGAAGGUCUGCAAGAAGGCUUAGAUACAUUAUACGGUAUGAUAAUAAAAAGAAAAAAAUUAAGUAAACAAAAUAAAAAGAAAAUUAGAUGAAUCAAACGUUCGUUUAUUAAAAUCAAUGUCUAAUGUAGAAUUCUUUUGCGAAAUGUGUUUGUUUUUUUCAAUUACGUAUUUAUUUCUGAUACUUUUUUAAUGUAUUCAAUUUUUUUUUUAUUUUACCUGAUUGUUUUCGUUUUUUGUUUUUUUAAAUACGUCAUUCGAUUUGAAUUAAACGCGUUUUGCAAUAUUUAUGUGAUAAUAAUGUGUAUCUUGUAAUUUUUUUGUAAUGAACUUUAGAAAACAAAAGUCAACAGUUCUAUUUUACCUUAAAAUUCGUUUAGUUUUGAUUUUUUUUCUAUAUGUCUACGUCACGCAGAAUAUUCUGUUGUUUUUUUCUUCCUCGAUUUAUGUACUUUUUUUUUUUUUUUAAAUUACCGUGUAAUUUUGUUUUUCUUUUCAAACCUUGCCAUGACAAUCACCCACUGGUAGUUUUUCACGAAACUGCAUGUUUGCAAUUUAUUUUUUCGAUACCAUGUGCAUGUGUUAUGUUUUACCAGGCAAGUUGUUCUUCUGUUUAUGUAUCACUUUGGAUUUUACUCCUUUUUUUCAUUUGUUUGUAUAUGUUUGCUCAGUAGUAUUAACGGAGGAUUGGUUUAUUGUUUCGUUUGAAUGAAGAACAUAAAUCGAAUGUAGGUAGUAAAAUGUUUCUGUCUUGUAUUAUAUAUAUUUUUCGAGUCAUUUUUAUCAAAUUAUGCGUUUUUUUUCUUUUUUUCUAAUUUUGUUUGUUAAUGUUGAACACGCGGCGCAGUACCUAAUACUUACUUUACUAUAUUUUUAAUGUGCAAUUUUAUGUUUAAAAAAAUUGUAUUAAUUCGAUUUGUAUCGAUUUAAUGAUAAUUAAUACUCGAGAUUUUUAUGUUUGUGUUACUGAUAUUUUGUUCAAUAUAGAAAAAACAUAUAUUGAA